AGUUUGUUGUUUCGAUAGUCCCAAGCUAUAAAAUCAAGGCUUUUUAUACCUUCCUUUUUUGUGUGUGAUUUUGCACAUCUGUGGGGCACAGACAGCAAAGUAGCCAGCUUUUUAAAGAAAAAUUAAGAUAUCGUAGAGAUUGUUGACAACCCCAGGGCCAUAAGAAAAUACCAAAACAGCUUCCCUAGAGAAGAGGCAAAGCUAUUGGGAUUUUGGAGCUAUUGGACCCUAUGAAGGCUAAAGAAUAGGGAUAUCUGAAAUCAUGUCCGGAAAUAACUUCCCAGCCGGGCAAUCACCUUAUUCUAUUAACUUGCCAUUUGGCUAUGCGUCAAACGGGUCAACAAAUCCUACAGCUACAGUCGAAAUGCCUUGGAAUAUGAACUUAUUCAACUGUAUGAACAAUCAAGCUGAAGGGUAUUGGCCUAAUUAUCAAUUUCAGCCAUUCCAACCACCACUUCCGCAGUUCCCUCCACCACAACAGCCUCCUCCUCCUCCUUCAUUUCCACCACAAGAGAACUGGCCAAAUGGUUAUUCCAAUCAGCAGCAGGGUAGCAUCUCUGGAUUAACAACCUAUCAGACUGGAAAUAACGUGAUGCCAUAUUAUUUCUCCCAAUACCAGCCUCAACCAACAUACCAGCCAGCAUUUUCCACAUUCAAUCAAGUAACUCAAGGUGGAUUUUAUGUUGACGGCAAUGCUGCUGGAUCGAAGAAAGUUAAGGCUCAACAAGGUGAAAUUAAACACAUGCCCAAAAUAUCCUGGAACAUUGUUUCUGCCUCAGUAACUGGUACAACAGGCGAAAUUAAUAGCAAAGAAGACGUGAUUAAUAAUGGAGGAGUUGAAAGCUCGGCAAUAGAAACUGUUGCUUGUAAAAUGUCGAGUUCCAAAGUAGACACAACGCACGUCGAAGUAGCCAGCACAAAUGGUGAUGGCGAUGAAAACGGAGGGUGUCCGACAUACGGGCCCCACCGUGGAGUUACUACUAACGGAGUUGAGUCCAUUAUUAAUAAAAUUUUGGCCGGUGAUAAAGUAGGAAGGAUUGUCUGCGCUUACUGUAAAACAUCGGGACACAGAGCCAGAUCAUGCCCCAUAAAGCCUUGUUUUAUAUGCGAUAAGACCGGACACAGGCCCAAAAGUUGUCCAAAUCGGAAUAAAAGUGGAAAUGAGCAUCGGAAGAUAAAUAGAAGUAAGAGAGUAGCCAGCAACAAGACCGCCACUCAUACACAUCUGGAUUGGAGGAAAUUGACAUCACAAUCAACUAUUCCACUAUGUGCAACCGGAGCUAAUGCAAUCCCCAGAGGGAACGAAAGGCCCCUGUCCGUUAACAAACAGUCAACACAAAGCUCCUUGAUUAGCACAGCUUCAAUUGUUGACGAUAGUAACCUCGACAUUCCCCUGAACGAAAUCCCGAGAAGUAAAGCGAGCAAACAAGUAUCAGCUGAAGAUGGCUGUUCCAGUCCCCCUUGCAGAAAAAGAGGAAGAUCCUGCGACUCUCUUUCCAUUGAGAAAAAUGUUAAUGACAAAUUCAUUUCAUUGGAUAGUUCGAUCAAAGGACUUCCCCGGGAGGAAUUAGAACGAAUUAUAAUGGCAUAUGACGGUAUGAUGGCUGAUAUGGAAAAAGAGCUGAAUCUUUCAAAAGAAAGGGCGGAUACCUUAGAGCGUGAGGUGAUAAGUCUGAGGGUCAAAAGCGAAAGACGCCAAUCUGUUGGCGAACAAAUAGACGAGUUGACCAACGACGUUACGGCUGACCAACAGAACAGUUCUGAACUAACUGAUGCUGUCAAAAUCGAACGGAUUGAAGGUUCUUCUGCAUCUUAUAUAAACGUGUACACUAAUUCUACUGAUAAGGAUCGCCCAAAAGGAAUUCCUCGUUCACCAUCUGCCACUGUUCCUUGUAUUUUCGAAAUGCCAACAGAAAACAUUAACUCAAACAAAGUAGUGGUGAAAACAGAAAAGUUGUAGAAAAUUUCUACCCUGAGUUAGAACAUUUAAUUUCAACCUAGUUUAGAAAUCCGUUUCCCAUUUAAUAUCAAUCUUGGAUUGAUAUCUGUUUAAUAAUUCAGAAAAUGAAUGUGUUGUAUGAAUUUACAUGGAAUCAUCUACUCCUGAUUAGAUAAAGAAAACUUUUUUCCAGGUUCUA